AUGUCAGCAGAAGCCGCUUACUUGGAAGCUAUGCUUACAAAACGUUUGGGUGCAGUAGAAACCAUGAUCGGACGACUGCCAGGAGUGGCUCCACCAAUCCGAAAAAGCAACUUACACUCGUAUGUUGAUACACUUUUUUCUGAUGAAAUUGCACUCAUGGAGAUGCCGAGAAAAUUCACAUUACCAACAAUGAAGAUGUAUGAUGGAACAUCCGACCUGGAUGACCACAUAGCACAAUACAAACAACGAAUGUUCACGACAGCCAUCCAAAAAGAGUGCAGGGAAGCUGCUAUGUGCAAAGGUUUUGGCUCAAGCCUAACAGGUGCAGCACUUCAAAGGUUUAUCAACCUGCCAAACGGCUCGAUCAGCUCGUUUGCAUCGUUGACAGAUCUCUUCGUUGAGCAAUUCGCAAGCAGCAGGAACCUGGAGAAGAUAGCGGAUGACCUUUACGAGGUACAACAAAAGAGAGACGAGUCGUUGCGUGUCUAUGUGGGACGCUUCAACAAGGAAAAAGUAUCGAUACCCAGUUGCAACACGUCAACCGCCAUCUCCGCAUUUAAAAGAGGCUUGCUUCCAGACGGUGACUUGUACAAGGAACUUACGAAGUACCAGUGCAGAACAAUGGAAGACGUGCUCUCACGUGCGUGGGCGCAAAUAAAGUGGGAGGAAGACUCGGCUUAUCGCCAGCGAUGUUCACCACGAUCUGAUUCUCGUGUAGUGAGAAACGAAAGAACAAGUAGGGAUGAUAAACCUUACCAAAGACCUCGUGACGAAAACACCAUGAGUGAAAGAAGGAACACGCAUCGAUCAUUGAGCAAAGCUGACGAAAGGAGGCCUAAAUCGAUAACAUGGCCAGAUAUUAGUAACCUCUCAAUCUCUCAUACACAUUUAGUCGGUGUAUUGAAAGAGAUGGGUGGAACCGUGAGAUGGCCUCCAAAGAUGAAAGCACUUGACAAUAGGCGUGACACCUCGAAGUGGUGUGAGUUCCACGACUAUCACGGCCACAAAACAGAAGAUUGCAUCUCAUUGAAGAUGGAAGUGAAUGAGCUGCUUAAAAAAGGUCACUUGAGGGAAUACUUGUCAGAUAGAACCCACAAUCGCAUCGAUGGCGAGAGAAACAAGCAAAUAGCAAUUGAAAACGCCACAGUUUCGCCUCCAAAACAUGAUCGAGUCAUCAAUGUUAUAUUUGGAGGAUGA